AUGGUAGAUAAUUAUCAUUCGUCGCUGGACGGGGUAGAGACACUUAUCCAGUCCGAUGGCUCUGUGCAGAAGUCUGAGUUGGCUGAAACUGACGGACCAUCGUCGACACCGUACCAGAUUGCAGCAGCAGCGAAAUCAAUUGCAGAAAGUGUUCGAAACUUCCUUGAAAUACGCCAGGCCGACAUUCCAAAUGACACCGGGGUGGUAUUUGACAACAUAUCGGCCGUGGGAAGCGGAACCGGAUCGCAAGAUGCACCCACUGUCUCGUCGGCGGCUCAAUCAGCCUUUGGGCUAUUGAGUCCUCUGCAAAAUAGACAAAGAAGACAGUAUUCUCGACCCAUUCUGAGCAGGUUCUCAGGCACGAUCGACCCCGGAGAAAUAUUGUUGGUAUUAGGUAGACCGGGGAGUGGGUGUACAACCUUCCUGAAGACAUUGUCGGGCCUGUGGGAUGAGUACAAGGAGAUUCAGGGUGAACUCACUCUAGGCGGUCAUCCGCUGCCAGAUGUGAUAACGCAGCGGCCACAGGAUAUUCUAUUCUGCGCCGAGUCUGAUGACCACUUUCCUACGUUGACCGUGGCGGAGACCCUGCAUUUCGCGACCAGAGCGCGCUGCGGUCCCAAUGUCUCGGCCCAUGAGAUUGACACGAUGGUUACCCAGCUGGCCAGGCUAGUUGGUCUUGAGAAUGUUCUGAAUACCAAGGUGGGAGAUGCGAAGAUUCGAGGAGUCAGCGGCGGAGAGCGACGGCGGGUGUCUCUGGCGGAGGCCCUGGCCACCUGUGCCCGGCUGAUCUGCCUGGAUAAUCCAACACAAGGACUGGACUCAUCCACGGCGGUCGAAUUUAUGGAGAUGAUGCGCGAGUGGACGACACAAAGCCGAUGUGUGACAGUGAUGAGCGUGUACCAAGCCAGUGAUACGAUUGUCUCCUACUUUGACAAAGUUCUGGUGAUCAAUUCAGGUCGCCAGAUCUUUUAUGGACCUGUCCACGAGGCAAAGGCAUAUUUUGAAGAUCUAGGCUUCGAGUGCUUAUCGACCACCACGGUUGCCGACUUCCUCAAUGUGAUGUCCGCUGAUCCAGACGUGCGACGAGCUCAGGAAAACAGAGAAAGCCAGGUCCCACGAACAGCGGAAGAGUUUGAGCAUGCGUUUAGUGGGAGUCGCAUCUACCAGGAAAUGCAAGUCUCAGUUCAGGUGGCCAAGGAGCGAUCCCAAGCUCGCCCCAGUCCCCUCCUUAAAGCAUCAGCCUUUGCCCUCCCCGUAUGGCAUCAGAUUUGGUACUGUGCCAGCCGCCAAUUUCGUAUCGCCACCAGUGAUUAUAGCUUGUGGGCGGUGGAGCUGACCACCAUCGUCGUCCAAAGUCUGGUGUUGGGCACGCUGUUCCGAAACCAGCAGCGAACCACCAAUUCCCUGUUCAUUUUCGCGUCAGCCUUGUUCUACUCGGUCCUGGUGCCGGCCCUGCAGUCCAUGGCGGAAUUUGGCAAUGGAUUCGCUCAGCGACCGCUCAUUCUGAAACAGAAGCGAUACCAGAUAUCACGCCCGAUUGCCUACGCGAUCGGCUUGGUCACCACAGAUGUUGUGUGGAAGGUGGCGGCAAUCUGCUAUAAUAUCCCCUUAUACUUUCUGACUGGAUUCCAAAGGACGCCCGGGAAUUUCUUCACUUGGUUCUUGAUCAUCUAUUUGGAACAUCUCGCCCUGUCGAUGUUCUUUCGCUCCGUCGCCAUCUUUUCUCCCAACAUGCAUCGGGCCGUACUCCCGGUGGGCAUCUUCUUUAAUAUGUAUGUCCUUUACACGGGGCUCUACAUUCCCGCGCCACAGAUGCAAGUAUGGCUCGGGUGGUUGCGAUAUCUAAAUCCCCUAUAUUAUGCAUUUGAAUCAGUGAUGGUGAAUGAAUUUGGAGACAUGAGCUACCAGUGCAGUGCCUCGGAUCUGGCCCCAUCGGGGCCAGGAUAUACGGACAUAGCCCAUCAGGUCUGUGCCGUAGUGGGAUCGCAACCUGGGGAUAGUCUCCUAUCUGGGGCGUCAUACAUUCACGCCCAGUACGGGUUCAAAACCUCCCACCUCUGGCACAAUGUAGGGAUCAAUGCGGCCCUAUUCAUAUUCUUUGCCCUUUGCUCUGGGAUCGGGAUGGAGAUGCUGAAGACACCCGCAGGUCAACUGGCCACCAUUUUCUACAAGAGCAGCCCACAAGGAACACACCGCCGUGAGAAAGUCGAUAGCGAAACUGGACCAGUCCACGGGAAUGAAAGCUUGGAGAUAUCGGCUGGCCAAAGCAACAACGAACAUCGGUUAUACGAACAUCCGGACCCCGACAAGAGCCACAAUCUUGCAUGGACUAAUCUUUGUCUCGACAUUAAAACCAAGGAGGGGGAUCAACGUCUACUAAACAAUCUGAGCGGCUCGGUUAAGAGUGGACAACUCAAGGCGCUAAUGGGGGUUUCCGGUGCCGGGAAGACAACCCUGCUGAAUGCACUCGCCGGACGUUCCUCUAUCGGGACUCUCACAGGAAUGUUAGCACUCAACGGUCAAGUGCUGCCCACGUUCUUCCGAGGUCGAAUGGGAUACGUGCAACAGCAAGACAUUCAUCUUCCCACUCAAACGGUGCGUGAGGCAUUGCAAAUGACGGCACGACUUCGACGCCCAGAGUCCAUCCCCGUGGCAGACAAAAAUGCCUACGUCGAAAAGGUGAUCGAGUGGUUGAAUAUGGAGCAUAUUGCGGACGCUCUGGUUGGUGUCCCGGGGGCCGGUCUCAAUCUCGAACAGCGGAAGAAAGUCAGUAUUGGCGUGGAGAUGGCAUCCAAACCAGAGAUCCUCUUUUUGGAUGAACCGACCUCGGGUCUCGAUGGACAAUCCGCCAUUUUAAUCGCUCGAUUGCUUCGUCGUCUAGCGAACUCGGGCCAUGCCAUCCUGUGCACGAUUCAUCAACCGGCAGCCGAGCUCAUCGACCAGUUUGAUACGCUUUAUCUACUGAGCCGCGGAGGAAACUUAGUCUAUGAUGGCCCCCUGGGAACACGCUGCCACAAGGCAAUUCAGUACUUUCAACCACGUAGUCGCCCCUGCGGUCCGGAAGAGAACCCGGCAGAGUAUUUCCUAGCAGUGAUUGGAGCUGGGUCUCGAAACGACGCCCAUAUCGAUUGGGCUAAUAUCUGGCAUGAGAGCCAGCAGGGAAAGGAGCGAGAGAAGGCGGAACAAAGCCUGGUUUCCAUCGCAGAACAAGCAACACUGCUAGAGCAACGGUCGUUAUAUUCGUCACCGUUCCAUGUGCAGCUGUGGGUAGUGGUCCAGCGAACGUGGCUCUACUACUGGAGAGAACCGGAUUAUGUCACGUCAAAGCUCUGGAUGAGCGUCGGCAACUCCUUACUCAACUCCCUCACGUACCUGCAGUCCCCCUACACGGAACGGGGGGCGUACAAUCGGGUGUUCUCUGCCUUCAUGUCACUCAUCGUCGGCCCCCCGCUAGGGCUACAGGUGCAACCUCGUUUCGUGACCCUACGGGAUAUUUUCGUCCAGCGGGAGCGGGAGAGCUUGACCUACCACUGGAUGGCCUUUGUCUUAUCCGCGUUUAUUGUGGAAUUGCCCUUCACCUUUCUCAGCUCGCUGGUCUAUUGGCUACUGUGGUACUUCCCAGUUGGCUAUUUCUAUGCCCCCUCACGUGCAGGGUAUAGUUUCCUCAUGUACGAACUCUUUGGAGUCUUUGCCACCAGUCUGGCUCAGCUUUGCGCAUCGUUGCUGCCCAAUAUCGAGGCAGCCUUUGCCGCCAAUGGAUUUUUCUUUAUGUUCUGCAACACCUUUGCUGGAACACUUUCGCCGAAGCCGGUGACCCCCUCUGGUUGGCGCUGGUUUUACAAUAUCUCUCCCCUAUUCUACCUAGGCGAGGGUGUCACCUUGGAUGUGUUGCAAGAUUUGCCCAUCCGAUGCGAGGAGUCGGAGGUUUCAAUCUUCUAUGCGGUGAAUGGCACCAGCUGUGGCCAGUAUGCCCAGGAGUUCCUGAAAACCGCCACGGGAUAUCUACUUAAUCCAGAAAGCACGGCGGAGUGUCAAUAUUGCCGGUAUCGCGACGGACAGUCAUACUACCAACAAUAUGGCUAUGAAUUUGCUCAUCGCCAUCGCAACAUUGGUAUUUUCAUCGGGUUUAUCGCAUUCAACUUCACUAUGGUACUAGUGAUGACCUAUCUCACGAAGACACGCCGUCAAUGA